UGAAUUAUGGCUUCUGAAAAAAAGACAGAAGAACAUCCAUUUGCAGACAUCUUUAAUGAAGAUGAAACUGACAGGAACUGUCUGCUGUCCAAACCGGCUUGCUUUGUUAUAUUUGGAAAACCUGGGUCUGGGAAGACAACAUUAGCCCGUAACAUAGCACAAGCAUGGAAAUGUAUUCGUGUUGAAGCUUUAUCGGUUUUGGAAGAGCACGUUGCGGCUGAGAAUGAAACCGGAGCUAUGCUGCAGUCACUGCUGGUGAGCGGUCACAGCGUCCCAGACGAGCUGGUCACGAAGUUGAUCCUGGAGAAGAUCAAGUCUCCCGAAGUUGCUCACUUCGGCUACAUCAUCACUGAAAUGCCGUCACUCUCACAAGAUAGCAUGACCUCUUUGAAGCAAAUAGAAUUUGUUAAAAAUUUAGAAUUGCAACCUGAUAUCAUAAUCAAUAUUAAGUGCAGUGACUACGAUUUAUGCCAAAGAAUUUCUGGGCAACGGCAGCACAGUACUACAGGCUACAUAUACACCAGAGAACAGUGGGACCCAGAAAUCAUUGAGAGUCGCAGGAAAAAAAAGAAGGACAUCCCCAAGGAAGGAAAAUCUGAAGAGGAAGAAGAGGAAGAAGAACAAGAAGAAGAGGAGGCAUUUAUGGCUGAAAUGCAGGUGGUGGCUGAAAUUUUUCAGCACCUCGUCCAGAGGCCUGAGGACUACCUGGAGAACAUUGAGAUCACUGUGAAGCUUUACAAGGAGCUCCUGCUGACUGCUCUGGAGGAGGUAAUGGCUGAGCAUAACCCCCAGUAUCUCAUCGAGCUAGAUGGGAAUAAGUCACCAGAGGAGCUCUUCAUGACGGUCAUAGAGCGGCUGAAGUAUUUGAACAUGAGACGAGCAGCCAUCAUAACCAAGCUUCAGGGUACAGAAGAGGAAAUGACUGACAUAAUAGAUACUGAAGAACUAUUCCGUACAGUGUCGUCUUAUAAACUCAUUGCGCCAAGGUACAGAUGGCACCGAAGCAAGUGGGCGCGUUCUUGUCCGGUGUCCUUAAAGGAUGGGAACAUUUAUUCUGGAGCAGCAGACUUUACCGUGAGUCUUCUAGGUAAAAUGUACUGCCUUUCUUCUGAAGAAACAUUAAAAUUGUUCUCACUGAACCCCCGUCCCUUCCUCCUACCACCUAUGCCGUUACCACCAUGCAAAGUCUUUUUAUUUGGACCUGAGGAAGUAGGGAAAACAACGCUGGCCAACCUGAUUGCAGAGCACUUCAAAGCAAAAGUAACUAACUAUUCGUGGAGCCCUUGUUUAAAUCUGUAG